UUUUAGACCAUUAUUUUUAUUUUUAUUAUUUAUUUUAUGUUUUAUGGAGAUUUGUAAAAUUAUGUAAAAUUAGUGACAAUUUUGGUAUUCGUGUGGAAGAUGAUAUACUCUAGAAGAGCGAAUAUUUAUGAUUUAGUGAGCCUAAGUGAUUGUAAUUUGGUAAAUGUAAUCGAGAACUAUCAAAUGAAGUAUUACUUUUAUCAUCUUCUCUCAUGGCCUCAUCUCACUAAUAUCACUACCAACAACAGAGGACGCGUUUGUGGAUAUUCCAUGUCAAAAUUGGAAGAGGAUAAGAAUAAGUCUGGACAUGUUACAGCAGUGGGAGUAUUAAGAUCAUUUAGGAAUUUAGGCAUCGCCACUAAAGUCAUUAAACAAACUCAUAAUGCGAUGAAUAAGGUGUAUGAUUGUGAUUGUACGUAUUUGUAUGUUCGAGUUACAAACUGGGCUGCUUAUUCGCUGUACAAAUAUUUAGGAUACUUCGUUGAUGAGGUAUCGAAGGAAUAUUUUCACGAUAAGGAAGACGCAUAUUCAAUGAAGUUAAUUUUUAAAAACAAUCUCUAAAAAUUUCAUUAACCCAAUUUUUUACACA